AUAUAAUUCGCUGAUGCUUUCCUAACAUUUGAAGUUGGUUUUUAUACCGGAAGCAGCGCAGAGCAACCGCGACGAGGUUAUAUAACUAUAUACUGUGAACAGCCAUGGUCUGACUGAUCAUUAACGCGAGCCUCUACGUGGUGCGGAAGAUCCGGGCUUCUGUCUCUGCAGGAGAGCAGCUGGAGAAGCCCAUCGUCACACCAUGCAGCGCUAAGGCUGAAAUGAGAGCGGCCCGUGGGUCUGCCCUGAUCCCAGGACCUGAAGAAGGGGUCUGCGGAGCGGCCGGCUUGGGCUCUUCUUUGGGGACGGACGUGCAGAAACGUGGCUCCUGACGUUAAAGACCACGCUGGACGCUGGGACAGCGGUCACUGUCAUGGGAACAUAUCAUUUUACAUCUUUGUAUAUUUGCUUUUAGACGACAACAGAUCUUAUUCAGCAUCAUUUUGACGAAACAGUCACCAUUAACGUUGUCCAAACCCAAAUGGUGCAAACAAUCUAUUGUUUUACUGCUUCCCAGAGUCCAACGUCCAGCUCUUACACACACCUGGACGUCAUGUUAUGAGAUGUACGUGUUGAUGUGCUGCAGUGUUUGAAGGCCGACUCGCCAACCUCCCUCCAGGGGCCGAGCACGCCUGAUGUUUCUGCUGCUGUAUCAAUAAAACACGUAAUAAAGAGCCGAGCCACCAUUAAUCGUAGACGCUACACCUGUAGCCUGCGCCGCCAUGUCAAGUGGUCUUCUGUAAAAGAUAUACUUAAGCAGGAAAAGGCACUCAAGCAAAUAGUAUAAAAGGGUGGAUUCAGAUAAAAAUUAUAAUUGCUGUCUGAGAAUGAAUUCAUAAUCACGUUAUAGGUCGAGGUUUCCAGAAGACAAUAGUCCGCCUGAAGAGAACUCCUGGAACACAACUCUGUUUUUUUUAAUGGUGAGCGGAGAGUCAAAAGUAGGUAAAACAUUGUUGACUGCUGAGCUACAUGGUGGAAAAACAACUGCUGCCUGCACAACCUCUAAAUGUACAUUUAACCAAUUUAUAUUUGUACAUUUUGAUAUGUUGCUUGAUUGAAACACAUGAAAUAGGUGUUUUAACAUAUCUUACUUUACUCCAAAGCUAUAGCUCUGUUCUCUUCCCGGGUGGGUGUAAAAAAAUAAGUCACUGCGGGUGACGGGACUCAUUUUAUACUGAACUUUGUGAUGAGAGCCACAAACAAAUGUUUAUGAGAAAUCAUAAUGAUUCUGGUCUGAUCAUAAGAUAAAUGACCCCAGGUGGGACUCUCCUGUCUUUCAAAUCUCAUAUUUAUUCAUCCCCAGAACAAGUGGCCCAACAAUCAGUUCGUGCACACACACUAAGAUUGUUUCAACUACUAAAACACAUCACUCAACUUUGACAUCACACUUUGCCACAUACUGUUACAUCUUGGACCUUUGUAAAUAUUUAAACACUCAGGUAUGAAAUUAGGCCAAAUUAGAGAGGCAUUGCACACACCUGUUAAAAUAUUUGUUUAAUCAUAAAAUAAGGUAUACUUUUAAUAUUCUACAAACAGUUUUGAAUGACUAUUUCUGAGAUUCACCCUCUGUAAUCGAGUCCAAUAUGAAGCACAUAAUCUGCCUUCGAUGACUCAUGAUGUCCAGUAGGUGGCGGUAUGCACCUCGGCAAGUUGGUUGCGAUCCACCAUUUAAACCUUAAAGAAGAAGAAGAAUCUGCCUUCAAUGAAUACUGCUGUCCAGUAGGUGGCGGUAACGCACCUAUACGCGGGUAAAGAUGCCGAUAAAACGCAAAGAAGAAACCUGGUGGGAUUAGCGCACGCUAUCUAGAUAAUUUGCGAGCCGCUAAAUGAGCACGGUUUAACAGUUUCAUGCUCGCCCUUGUGACAGCGGAGGAAAGCGCAACGUCAUCGCGAGACGAGUGGCAGCUUUGACCAGCUCACGCGCUGCAUUCAGUGUCCUAAGCAUGAUGGAAACAGCUAGCUAGCUAACUAGCCGCAGCUCCUUCCCAGACCCUAGUCCUCAAAUGUUAGAAUGCAAUAAAUGAGGUCAUCGUUCAGUGUAAACAACAGGAGGCAGACGACGAAUAAAGAGAAGUAUGCUAAGAGUGGAUGCUGGCCCCUCGAGCAGCUGUGGCCCAGAACAUGACCUCUGCGACAUCGUCUUCUGAAGCCCCGGGGCUCAGUGCGUCAGCCAGCCGCGGCGCACGCGCCGGGAGCCCGCGGCAGAGGCUCCAGAAGCUGCUCUCUGUACCCGGAUACGACCCGAGCCGAGUGAACGACCUGCUGCUGCUGCGGCCCGACGCGGACCACCGGGCCGCCGCGGGACCGGAGGAGGAGGGUCGCAACCGACACGUGGUGUUCUUCCACGGGGACAUUCAGAACUUCGAGGAGGAGAUGUCUCUGCGGCCCGAAGGAGCCCAGUGGCUGUCCUGGAGUCUGGAGCGGGUCGCCCUCACCCUGGGCCGGCGUUUCCCGGACCGGCACGUGUGGGUGGUCCGAGCCGGCCGCAUGUACCUCCACAUGUUCAGCAGCUACCGCAACUUCGUGGAGAGCAACAUGUUCGGGGCUCCGGAGCACUCGGCGUACUCGUCCGGCUCCGGAGCGUUCCUCCAACUCAGGGCCCUGCUGAGCCACGGCAUGGAGCGAGCCGGCCCGCCGACCCCCCCCCGGCCAGAGGGCGGCGCCGCCGGCCUCCCCUCGGGCUUCUCGCUGGCGGUGGUGGGCUUCAGCAAAGGCUGCGUGGUGCUGAACCAGAUGGUGUACGAGCUGGCCGGGGCCCGCGGCGACCCGCGGCUGCGGCGCUUCGUCGACGCCGUCUCCGACAUGUACUGGCUGGACGGCGGGCACCCGGGGGGCAGCGAGACCUGGGUGACCGACGCGCCGCUGCUGAAGGAGCUCGCCGCCAGCGGGGUGUCGGUGCACGCCCACGUGACCCCGUACGAGGUGCGCGACCCCGCGCGGGCGUGGGUCGGCCGCGAGCACGGCCGCUUCAUCGACACCCUGGAGGAGUUCGGGGCCCGGCUGACGAAGAAGCUGCACUUUGAGGACGAGCCCCCGUCCAUCGAGAACCACUUCAGGGUCAUCCAGGAGUUCUGAGUUUGCGUGUGAAUGUUUGACCUCAUUGACCUUUUGCUUUAAGGGCGCAGACUGGAGAGAGCGUGGAGUCCCUCGACCGCUCUUCAAUAACCCGGGAGCUCAUACUGGGUGACCCGCUUGACCUUCUGCUUCAAUGUGGGAGACGUGGCCAGAAUUUGAGACUAAACUCUGAUUGUAGUCAAAUGUUUCCUCAAAGCUCCAUCGUCAUUCCUCCAGUUGGAUCAGUCGUGGAUUUGUCUAGUAAUGCACUUUUUUUUGUUUUAAUGUCACACAGCUGCACUCUUUGGGGGUGGAAAUAGGAAAGUUGACGGCGUAAUCUAACCUCCAGGUCCAGUUGUGAUCCGUUCUGGAGCUUUCAGUCACAUCUCAUGAUCUCUUGUGGUCGGGAUGCAUCUGACCACGGUCAGAAUCAAAAUCUGGACCGUGAGACUUUUUGUCAGCUGCUGCUUUCAAUGCCUCUGUGACACUUCCUUUAUUUGUUGUUGCUUUGACUCAUUUCUGUCAGAACAAACUUCUGAUAUUAUAUAUGUCACUUUCAUUUGUAUUUUUUUACUGAUCUCUUUGAUUGGAUCUUUUUUAACCCGACCAACUGUAAUACUGGGUUCUUACACAUGUGGACCAAUGGAUUUCCAGGACUUUAAACCAAAUUUCCAUGACCAAACUGAAAUCUCGGUAUAAACAUGAAAAAUGUAUUACAUGUUGCGUAUUGAGAGCGUACGCCGGCUUAUAUUUUGAGCGUCUUUCUUUAAAAAAACAUUAAUUAUUUCAAAUUCGGCGUAAAUGAACAUGUGAUAACACAUUUCCAUGACUUUACUCAAAACUUUUAUGAUUUAAGUUUUUUCCAUGACUUUUCCAGGCCUGGAAAUGACCAUUUUACAAUUCCAUGACUUUUCCAGGUUUUGCAUGAGCGUACGAACCCUGGUAAUAUUGCUUUGAGCUUGUUUGGUUCCAAUGAGUUGGGAAUGGAGCGCGCCGUGUUCCCGUCUCCACGACCGCUGUUCGCUUCCACAGCAUCGUUCACGCCGCCGUCGCUCAUCGUGAACCUUCAUUCCAUACAUUUUAAAGAGACGGCAACAAAAACACACAUCAGAUAUGUUCUACCACCUUUAAUGAUCUGGUUCCAGUUUGCUUGGUGAUGCCUACAUGUUAGCCUUGAUCAGAAUACAAUAAGGAUUAUGUGUCUUUUUUUCUUUAAGUCAUUUGAGAUGCAAUUCUACAACGCUCAUACGCACGUGAAAUAAAGAAUAUAAAACUCAAAAUAAACAUACAUCUCUGAACGUGAA